AUGCUGGUGAAAGAUUGUGUAAGCACCCAACUUUUGCCGCUGUUCAAAGAUAUGGAUCCGCAGGUUGGCGUUUCCCUCCGAAACUUCCAUAUUCAGGUUUCCAAAAUGAGCAAUAUAUCAGAUUUGGUCGUCUACUGCUUCAAUGAUGAUCAUGAACGCUCUGUUCAUCUGUCCAAGAAAGAAGAUAGUUGGAAUGGCAAAUGCAAGUGCGCGUCCCUGGCCAGACUACUGCAUAUUGCCCAACUAAUGUAUACGACAGAUCACCCCGAGCUCGCUCAACCAGGUCAAAGGAAGCUUUACAACACUUUCGUUCUCGAUGACGUCAAACUUAAUGCGCUAGAAGCUUCGAAUCUUCUGUCAAUACCCUUGUUAAACCCAGAUGCGUCUUCGAAAGCAACAGGCGACCUUUGCUCUGACUACGAUAUCGAGGUGUUCAACAAUUGGGACUCGAAUUACCUUUACCGUGAAAAGCUCGAAAUCUCAAAGAUGUCUUCAGCAACGGAGGUACUUGACAAUGUUUGGUUUGGAAACACAACCGAUUUUGAAUGUCUCCAUAUACAAUUGAACUCGGGUAAAAAGCCGACUUAUGUUGAUUUAAAAUCGUCGAAUUUCCCAUUGCACUGCGAUCCUACAAAUACUGUUGUCAUCUUGAAGAAAGAUGACCUUGCCCAAAGGCCUAUUAGGGAGGUCGACGCCAAGCUGAUAACUUUUCCAAGAGCGCAUUGGAAGUUAUUUGUGCAUUGCAUUGAUGGUGCGAGGUUUCCAACUCCAAUGGAAUUGCGAACCGUUGUUUCUAGCAUUGGCUAUUUGCAACAGAUAUACCUCGAGUUUCCUCCAUCAGGUUCUGUGGAGAUCGCUGAUUUAUCGGAGGAAGAUAUAUUGUGCAUAGUCAACGUGUGCAAAUUGCUUUGCUUCCAGUGCACAAAAGAAUUUCCAGGUCUUCUAUACUGCUCCGACGGCUACACGGAGACCUCGCUACUCGGACUUUGCUUCAUCAUGUACUCUCAAAAGAUUGGAAUCGAUGAAGCAAUCAUUCGUCUACACAUGCAGUAUGGUCGGCCUUUUUUCAUAUUCAAGUCUGAUUAUUUGCUGUUACAAAAACUCGAACCAAUGAUACUGAAGUUUGCACAGCUCAAAGGCGAUAAAUUAACUCUUGAGGAUGACAAAGGCAUUGUGAAAUCAUUUUUGUUAGCUCCUAAACAUGUCAGGCACAAGUCCACGUUGGGCAUGUCUUUCAAUUCUGUGUUGCACACAGCUACAGGUCAGCACAUUAUACAUCUUCGUGAGCAACAAAAAGGACGCGCUAAAGAUUCUGAUUCCGACACGGAUUCCACAUCUAGUUUAUCUUCCGCUGGUACUGAUUUAGAAGUGGCGGGUGUAUGUGAGUCAGUGGCAGGGUCUAUCCCUUCAAGGGUGCUUCCUCAUCUUUAUUUGGGGUCUUUGAGUCACGCAUCCAGCCUCCGACUGUUAAAGGAGCUUGGUAUCAAUUAUGUUGUGAGUGUUGGAGAGCAUGUGCCUUGGCUAGACGAUUUGGAGUACGCUACAGGCAUGACUGAGAGUGGGUGUGAGAUUUUUAAGAUUUGUUCAGAUCAAAAAGCCGACGGAAGCGAUUGUGGUGUUGAAGAAGUGAUGAGGAUUAAUAAUAUCAACGACGAUGGCAUUGGCACUCUGACAACCACCAUUAAUGAUGCUCUUGACUUUAUUGACAAGUGUUACGAGAGUAAUGGAAAGGUCCUGGUCCAUUGUCAGGUUGGCGUCUCGCGCUCGGCCACUGUUUGCAUUGCAGAGGUCAUGAAGAGAAUGAAUGUGAGUCUUCCUCGGGCAUACCUUUAUGUGCGUGUGCGCAGGCUGAACGUGAUAAUCCAGCCUAAUUUGAAACUGAUGUACGAACUGUUCAAAUGGGAGGAGCUGUUUAUGCGGUCAAAGCUGAAAAAACGACAAUUCAGCGUUUCUUCUCAAUCGUCGAAUGGCCAAUCUAACAACUCGACGUUCUCCACGAAUAACAGCGACAGAUCGUCUUUUUCGAAUAGUGUGGGGUCAGUGAGUUCCACCUUCAUUUCAUCCUCUGCGCGAGAUAAGCCUAGGUUCUCCCUAGCUGGCUACGAAAGGGCGAUAUCCGAAGAGGCUGACGAGUUUGACAUCCGACACCUCGAUCUUGGGCCAGAGGAUGUUAUAAGUAACACUCCUGGCUUCAUACGUGAGGUGGACUGGUACAUUCUUUGCAGAGAGAUAUUUAAUUUGAACCGGGCUUACAUCAAGCCUGGUAAAUAG